AUGAAAAAUUUUGAUUCAUCCUCUAACGUUGACAGUUCCAAUAAUGAGCUCGAUGAAUUUCGUGAACAAUGGAAAGCCGAAUUGUCUCAACAAAAAAGGCAAACAACUCAAGGGUCUGUUACUUCAAAUAGCUUAUCAUGUAAAGUGCCUGUUCAACCGUUAGAGCACUUGAAGGAAACUGAAGAUGAAGUUAAUAAUUUUAUUCCUGAAACAUAUGAUAAUGAGGAAGUUAAACGUAAUAAAGCUCUGGAAAUUUAUGUUAUGGCUGUUACCAAAGAGCAAGAAGGAAAUUUGAGUGAAGGUUUGUUGAAAAUAUUUCAAUAUCUUUUGGGAAUUUUUAUUAAUUUAUCAUUUGCUUUCAAAGCUCUCAAGUAUUAUCGCCAAGCUUUGAGACUUGAUUGUCAUGUUGAUAAUGCGUAUAAGAAGUAUUUCCAUAAUGCAGCAAUUGGCCAAAAAAUUGGAGGUUCAAGUUUUUCAAAAAUUCUUGCCGAACACUUGGAAGAGCAACCACAUUUUCCUUCGAUCUCCAGUAGAGAAGAUUAUGUUAUUGGAAAUAAAUAUAAUUCUAACUCGACUACCCAUCAGGACGACAUAAUAAAAAGGGAUCAAAACGGAUCCAAGUCAGGAACUCAAAAUUCAGACAUCAAAAGGCAGGAUGAUAAAGAUCAAUUGACAACUUUAAUUGAUUCAUUUAAGGAUAUGCAACUUACACUCGAACCACUUAUUCCGUACAACCCAAUUUACAUUGCAAAACUUCCUAACGAGUCGAUAAUAUGCAUACUUAAACAAUUAGUCAUGGUAGGGGACGUAACUUCUCUUGAAAUAUUUGGAUUAGUUUGCAAGAAAUUCUUGUUAUUAUCGAGAGAGCCUUCAUUAUGGAGAUAUUUGUGUGAAAAAGUGUAUCGAUAUACAAAUUUAGAAUGUAAUGAAUCAAAUAAAUUGUUGGCGAAAGAUGUGGAAUUUUUAUAUGCUAAUGAUUGGAGACGGAUGUAUAUCGAGAGGUGA